AGAUGACAACCUUGAUGCAUGCAACUGACUCACAGAAACCCGACAGCUCUGGGACUAGUGAUUGACGUGGUUUUGUUUUGUGUUUUUUUUUUUUUUUAAUAUUUUUACUUUACUUUCUUGGGCAGCCCCUUCCUUCCAAAUUGUUUUCUCAGCUUGAUUGAGUCUCAAAGUCUGUCGCCUGCAUGUCUUGAACAGCUGGAGUGGCUCUGAACUGAGAAAGCAGACGCUGAGCAAGGCUGGACUGGAUCCUGGGAAGACCGCAGACUUCAGGAGGAGCAACAUGUCUGUCUGACCUGCGAUGCUGGGAGCUCAGGAAAGCUAAUGCCACUGCAGAUGGCUUCUUGCAGCCUUGUACCGGGACUGUGGCUCCUGCUGCUUCUCCAGGAUAUCCAGGGAGCCCCACAGCCAUCACUCACCUCAUCUGGUUCCUGUGAUACACUCAGGAAUUGGUUCUAUGAUGAAACUUUACAAAGGUGCUGUUACCGGUGCCCCUCAGGGUAUGCUAAAAGGAAAGCAUGUCCCACGGACCCAGAUGAAGACUGCAUGAGAUGUGGACCUGAGCAAUAUCUGAACGAAGAAUCCCAAAAGCCACAUUGUGAUGCUUGUGUGUCAUGUACAAAAGAAUCUGACCUUGUGGAGAAAGUGCCCUGCUCCUUCAAUUCUAGCCGCGUGUGUGAGUGCCGACCAGGUCUGUUCUGUCAAACCGCUGUAAAGUACACCUGCAUGCGAUGCCAGCAGCACACUGCUUGCAAGCCUGGUUUUGGAGUCAAAGUCAGAGGCACCUCAACAACUGAUGUUUCUUGUGAAGAAUGCCCCCCUGGGACCUUCUCUGACCAAAACUCCAGCACUGACAUCUGCAAGCCCCAUACUGACUGUGCCAAGUUAAACAAAGUAGCACAAAGCAAAGGAAAUGCCACACAUGAUCAGGUUUGCCUGGACCAAUUGCCCACCUACCUCACCCCAGACACUUUCUCCACCAGAUUCAGCAAUGAAACAAGUAACUCUGACCUACUGAGGCUUGAGGCGAACUUGGUCACUAUUUCUAGUAUUCUUUUAAGUGCUGCAACAACUGAAAACCCCAGUUCUACUCCCAACGAGAAUGCUCCGGCUGGCACUCUUCCCACCUCAGACAAGGGGGAGACAACAACAGGAGUAGGUCUUGUUUGGGGAGUGGUUCUCUCUGUGCUGCUGCUACUUGUGGGCAUGCUGUUGUUUUGGAAAUGGAAGAUUUGCAAGAAACGAAUCCUCAUCCUCAAAGGAAAACCACAUCUCACUUCACACAAAUCCAGGAUCAGAUCUCACGGUUCUGAUCUGGUGAACGGUAUUCCGAAACAGAUCACUUUCUUUUCCGAUAAGAUCAUGCUUACUACUGAUCAAGGGCCAGAAGAGAAGGAGCUAAUUGACAGAAACCUUCCUUUGGAAACCAAUAACAACUUGGUUUCCAGCACAGAAAAAGCAUAUAGUCCUGAUUUGAGUCUGACUGAUGUGACACAGAGCAAUGGAAAUGCCCCAGAUUGCCCUGUCGAUUCUCGAGUGAGAGACCACACAAAUAAUCGAAUUGAAAAAAUAUACAUCAUGAAGGCUGAUACUGUUAUAGUGGGGUCCAUUUCAGAAGUGCCUGGUAGCAAGAACUGUGCUGCUAGGGGAUGUGAAAGUGAUGUUGAUAUCCAGGAAAACACGGAAGAGGAAUUGGAGAUGCACUAUCCAGAGCAGGAGACAGAGUCUUUUCCAGGGAAUGAUGUCAUGGUUCCUGUGGAAGAGGAGGGAAAGGAAUUCCAUCACCCCACCACUGCCACUGAAAAGUGAUAGCCCACCGAGAAGGCGUGCAGCUACAAAAACACCCAGUGUGACACUAAGCCCAAAUCUACAACAAGGGAG